AUGUAUUUCAGAGUUCCAACGAACAAGGUGGAAUGCAUAACUGGCAAAAAUGACGAACGGGCACACUGGAUUAUGCAUUUAACGAAAACGGAGUUAACACUGCCCCAUCGCAGGCAGAAAUUCAUAUUUAUUAUCAUUGAUCGUGAAGACGAUGUGCACCGUGCACUACGUAUAGUCCAAGACAUGGCCAACGGCGACUAUAUUUCGAAUGGUUCACAUCUCGAUUUGUUUCGGAAGAGAAGUUACACCAACGUCAGUAAGCCAAGCUUUAAAGAGGACGAAAUUCACUACACACUUUUCAUGGGCAGACUGAUAAAAACAAUUAUCUUCCUCAGUAUAGCGGAAACAGUGUGA